CAAGUUUUUAUACCUAGUUUUUUCAGAAUUUUUUGUACAUUUGACACGUAAAAAACUUGCAUAAUUGUGCAAUACUUCGCAAGAAAUUCUAGAGAUUUUUAUGUCAACGAAAGAAUUAUUGAUAAAAUUGAACUAUCUAUUAUGAGGAAAUACGUGCAGUUAAUCAGGUAAUCAUAGAAACGAUCACUUUGUGCAUCUACCGCACGAGGUCUCCAGGAUCAAUUCCGAGUGUGAGUGUGAGUGUGUGUGACUGAUAAACAGAUUUGUGUGUAUGUACGUGUGACGUCUUUAAAGACAACGUAUCACCAUUUUAUCAUCUUGCGACAUGAAGGCUUAUCGAAUUAUCUCCCCCGUUCCUUUGUCGCGCUGACUAAUCGAUCCGUAUUUACUCCUUUUAUCUUGCGUCCCAUACGAAUAAGUGAAAGAACAUCAAAGAGACUGUCCGCAAAGAAAUCGAAGAACAAUCUCGUUAUUUUGUAAAACGGUGCGAUCUCCUUAAUGAAAUGAUUUGUCUUCAGGAAAAGUCGAUCUCAAAUUUGCGGGAAGGUUUACGUGAUUUGUUAUCUUAGAAAACUCAGGCGACGCGGUAUAUGGUGUCCUGUAAAGAUGUAAAUCAGAUUUACUAACUUCAAGAAUUAUGGCACAAGAUUUAAAUACACUUUGCCAUCGGAAAUCUACUCGCUACAUGAAAGUUCCAUUGAAGUCAACUGAGCAAAUUUAUUUAAUUUUUCUCAUUCCAAUAUUGAUCAACUGUUUUGUGUACAUCAUUCAUUUUUCCGCCGACUUGGUUGUAGCCAUACAACACUUUAAAGAAGAUAACCCGAUAUGGGGAGGUUGCACAAUUGCAAUCAUGUACGCUCCAAUGUUUGUGUAUUUCAUAUUGACAGUAUCAAGACCAGAUUGGUGGAUGACAGAUGAUGAUAAAAUAACUAAAGGUGUUCUUGGCUGGUUUGCGCUACAAGUAUCUCAGCUUGUAGGAUUUGUCUUCUUUGUAUUAUACAGAUACGCAGGACUGAUUGUGCUAUCCAUAGAUGCUAUAAAUUUAUCCGGAAACGAGAGAAUUAAGACGUUAAAUAUAGCUGCAGCACCUGCGGCCAUUGAAUUGUACUUCUUUCUGCAAGCAUGGUUUCAAGCUGCUCCACAGGCUAUUUUUCAAACACACCUGCUAUUCAGACAGAGAACCGCGAUACGCAGUUAUCAGUCAGUGGUAGUACAGAUACUCUGCAUCGUUAUGUCUGUCAUGAUAUUGGCCAUCGAGACAGCUUCAUUUCAAAGAUUCGAAAGUCAACGUGUGAAUGGUAGAAAAUUGCCAUGGGCAAUGUGGCUGAAGAAAUAUUGCGUUGAGGAAUUCAACAUUAUUGAAGAAAAGGCGCCUCUGCAAACAUUGCCUGCUUCGCAAGAAAGUAAUCCGGAUGCGUUACCUGAAUCAAGACCGAUGGAAAAUGACCCACCGAAUGAAACUCAGGAAAUCGAACGGCAGCUUCAGGAUCAACAGCACGCAGCUUCUCUAAACCGUCAGAUCUCUGUAACUCCGCCACUGCCGCCGAAAAAUGCCCAUGUGACACCGCCACCGACGCCGUUGCGCGGUAUCACAACGGUGACACCGCUUCCGGUACCGGACGCACCGCCACCACCGCGUCCAGAUUCCGUUUAUCGGGAAACGGAAACGGUGGAGGCGGCAAAGACGUCGGCAACUCUCCAAUCGAGUCAAAGACUGAUCGGCGGCAGCGGACAGAGUUUGCAAGUUCCUAAAAGAAAGUAUUCCGAAAAAGGCCUCGAAGAAGACGACCCGAUGGGUAAAUUUCUGUCAUUCCUCUGGUGGUUCUUCUUCAUCCUGGCGCGCGUAUUCGCCAUCAGCGUGGCCUACGAAUUCUACCCAGUGGCCGUACUGGCGGUAGUGGGUGUUCACUACGUCGCAAUGCUGGCUUACCUGUUUUAUUACUCGAAGUAUUACGACGCGAUCGCGUGUAUCGUUAAUCUCUGGCUCGGCUUGGUCUACGUGUUCAGUCUGAUUGAAUAUCGCAUCAAGUUCAAAUACGCCGAUUGGUGGACACUACCUUACUAUGCGUGCGUUAUCGCGCAGAACACGGCACUGACACUUGCGUGGUACGCGAACGCCGAUUGGGACGGAUUCUGGUACACAUACAUCUUCUACGCGAUCUUCGUCUGCAUGACGUUCUGCGUUCUAUCGUCGGCGCUGUACUACGCGAUGUUCAAGCCAAAGAAGUGCAGAGUAUACAGCAGCUGACGAUCGUGUGACGAAGCUUUAUCGGCUUUCAGAUAAGUUUGGAGAAACUCGUAUGUACUUCCGCUUCCGCUUUCGAUUACAAAAUGUGAAUAAACUACGCCAGAUAAGACUUACGGAUUAUAAAUAAAAAAACUUUUCAAUAGUUUAUUUACAUCCAAUAUACUUCUUCCUGAUAAAAUUAGACUUUUCCUUUUGUGUUCAGAUGUUUCAAAUAUACAAUAUUUCAUGCAAAAAGAAUAUAUAUUAUUAUACAAAUAAUCUGUACUAUAAUUGACUGCGUUUUAUGCUAAAUAUAGAUCAGUAUAAAAACGCUUAGACAUAAUUGGAUUGCUGCAAGAAAUUGUAUUCUCAUCGUCAACUUGAAAACGAACUUAUGUACAUCAAAUCAAUUUUUCUCUCAGACAAAUAAUUGUUUUUUUGUCGAGAAAAGAUCGAACUUUUGCGUUCAAAAACACACUAGUUACUGGAAAAAUUGUUUUACUAAACAUACGAGUCC